AUGUGGCUUCCAUUACCAUUUCUUCUGCCCAUUGCGUUGCUGGCACAAGUGAUAGCUGCCCAGAACGCUGGGCUCAACACUCUACCCGUCAUCUGCGCCGGUGUCAAAGAAGUUUCAACAUGCGAGAUCAGAACCAUCGUGCCAAGUGGUGUCAAGGUCAAUAUGAGAACCAUCAAGGUCCCCACGUGGAACAAAUGCAAAAGCCGCGUAUCGGCGACACGGAGCUGCCCAACCCUCAAAAAGCCCCUCAGGCGUUGUAAAGUAUGGACUUGCAUCCCCGGCUGGGAGAAGAAAUCGAAACAAAUCCCGUCCAGUCUAACUAUUCUUACCAAGGAGAUCGAUCUCUGCGAUGAGAUUCGUCGGGCGCUUGGCAAGAGUCUGGGGGAUAAGUUCAUCAAGUCAUCAGAGGCCAUCUGCGGUUGCUUCACUCGCUUGCAAACCUUCGCGACGACAGGUUCCUUCACGGCCAUGUCAAUUCGGGGUGAGAUAAGCGCAGCUACCACAAAGGUCGCAGACGACACCCUUAGUAUUGAAAAGUGUUUUGGAAAAGUUAGUCUGCCAAUUCUCAACAACAAAGCUGAGAUUGCCAAUGUUCUCAAGUCGAUCGCUCCUUGGGUCAUCGCCCAAGCCAAGGAUAUUGACCUUUCAGUCUUCCAAUCUCUCGCCCGUGUAGUCGCUGCCUGUCAAUCCGGUAACUGCAACGCAAACUCCAUCGGCGCCGCGGUCAAUGCUUAUCUAGCCCCGUCGUUCCAACUCAUGGAGCCCCCAAUCAAGUCGGUACUUAUACAGUGGGAUGGUGCCCUGACUCGUAUCCAAGAAAGAGUCAAGGAUAUUAAUGAAGCGGCUGACUCUCUGGCAUCCAACUACGAUACCAUGCGAGCUGAAUUCGAUUCAAGCAAGCAAAAGAUUUGCGAGGAGCUAAAUCGGUGUGAUGGACAGGGAGAGGGAGUCCCGAAGUUCCUCGACCAGGUUGAUGAGGUUAUUGAAGCCGCCAACAGACUCUGGCCAGUCCGAGGCCCCCUUGACGUUCCAUCUAGCCGGCUCCGCGACAGGUUAUCUGAAACAAUUCAACUCAGAAAAGACAUCAAAAAGUAUCCAGAGGCGGCAAGCCUAGUCUCCACGAUCAAGCAGGGCAAGUUCAAAAAGAUCAGCGACAUCUUUUUAUUCAUGCCCAUCGUUCAACGCCUACCGGAGCUAGCCAAGCAGAUUAAGAUUGACCUUUCACCACUCCAAGACGUCAUCAAACAAUACAAGCAGCCAUCCGGAGAGGCCCACGAGAACGUAUGGUCCCUCAGCUGGUCUAAUAUUAUCUGGCCAGAUACAGAACUCACAUCCGACUCACCCGAAGCAGAUGCCGCAUUGAUCGCCGAACUAGACGCAAUAGACGACCUGGUCAGAAAUUACCUUUCGGGCCCUCUCCUUGCAUACAGCAACGGCAUGUUCAUAAUGGAUGCUGAGCUUCGGGGCUUCUCGGUAGUCAACGGCUCAUUUGCCAUGGAGACCAAGGUGGCGACGUAUAACCGAUGGACGACAAUCUCUAUGGACAUGCCAUGCUCCAAAAAGGAGACCAAGGUGUAUAAGAAGAGUGGGCUUCAAAAGACCUUUUCAUGGAGGACGUAUUUCAAGUGCAAGGUAGCUCCCGUGACGGCAUAUUUCCCCAAGACUCAUGUGCCCUAUAUCAGGAUUCGAGGUGGAGCGGGAAUAGAUCCCAACGAUCAGUAG